AUGUACCUCUCAACAUCGUUCUUCCUCGUCCUGUUGUCAUCAUUACCCUCAAGUCUCGCCGCGACCGACGCGAAACCCCCACCGAAACCAUGUACCAUUCACUCCGCUUCGACCGGCUCAUUCUUCGAUCUCCACCCUCUACAAUUGACCCUCGAGGGCACGAAAUACCAAGUCGCCAGCAAUGAAUCGUACCAUUCAAAAGGAUAUGACUAUCCCGCAAAUUUCACCAUGAAUUUCUGCGGGCCGGUCGUUGAGCAGUUGGAAGAUGUCGAGGGAAUACCUACCAGCAAACUGAAAAAUAUCUCGGCCUUCUACAAAGACACCCGCGGUGAUAUCUACAGCAUUGGCCAACAGAACGAUCAGCUUCUCUUCCGCGGCAAGAAGCUAAUCCUCAACUACACCAUGGGCUCGCCCUGUCCCGACCUUGAUGAGGACGGCACUCCCAUCGAGGGCCUCGUCGCAGACAAAGUCAACAACCGGCGCAAAUCCACCCUUCUGUCCUUCAUCUGCGAUACAUCCCCACUGCUCUCGACUCGCCCUGCUGUCUCCUUUCUGGGCUCUCCAGACCACUGCACCUAUGUAUUCGAAGUUCGAUCCCGCUGGGCGUGUGGCGGCACUACACAGUCCGGAGAAAAGGGUACACUCGGUCCCGGCGCAGUCUUUGGCCUGAUUGCCGGUAUUGCCCUGCUGGUCUAUCUCAUUGGAGGUAUCGUUUAUCAGCGUAAUGUUCUGCAUCAAAGAGGCUGGAGGCAGCUACCCAACUAUGCCAUGUGGGCGGGUAUCUUUGGUUUCUUUUCGAGGCCCUGUUCCGGGGGCCCACGCCGGAAGCGCUAUGCGUCAGCUGGAAGAGAUUACGAUUGGAAGUCGGACCUGGCUUGA